AUGACUACCCAGUACAGGGUGCUCGAGACUAUGACUUUGGGCAAAAUUGUCCGUCUCGAACGACACAUCUUCGAACUGGAGGACGAAAAAGUCACCGUUGAAGCCAAAUUCAAGGCUCUCAUGCGUGUCAACCCACGCCCCCAUGGGCACUACACCAGGAAGCCUAUUAUUGGAAACUUGGGACUAGUUGGUUUCAUCAUCCCGUGGCCAAAACGUUACCUCAGACUGUGCGUGCGCGCCCAAAAACCUACCCAGGAGAGUUGUACUGCAGCAAUCAAGGGAUUCGAUGAUCAGAUCGCGGUCAGGAAGAAGGAGAUUGAGAUCAUCAAGGAUGUUCUCGAGAAGAUCAAGGAGGUGCCCGAGGAGAGACGCACCAAAGCGUUGCUGAGUUUUACCGAUCUCUAUAAGGACUGUGAGGAUCCAGAGAUGGCGUGUGAGAUUAAGCCAGUUGCCUGCUUUGAAUUCGUGGCUUUGAAUUCCUAG